UUGUGACCCAGCCCUACUCGCCAUUGACAAGCCUGCCCACCAUGGCAAGCCCCACUCUGAGCCCUGACUCCUCAUCCCAGGAGGCCCUGUCAGCCCCCACCUGCUCCCCGACCUCUGAUUCCGAGAACCUCAGCCCCGAUGAGCUGGAGCUGCUAGCCAAGCUCGAAGAACAGAACCGGCUCCUGGAAGCCGACUCCAAGUCCAUGCGCUCCAUGAAUGGCUCGCGGAGGAACAGCGGCUCCUCGCUGGUGUCCAGCUCCUCAGCCUCCUCCAACCUGAGCCACCUGGAGGAGGACACGUGGAUCCUGUGGGGCCGGAUUGCCAACGAGUGGGAGGAGUGGCGGCGCAGAAAGGAGAAGCUGCUCAAGGAACUGAUCCGCAAGGGCAUCCCGCACCACUUCCGGGCCAUUGUGUGGCAGCUUCUGUGCAGUGCCACAGACAUGCCAGUCAAGAACCAGUACUCAGAGCUGCUCAAGAUGUCCUCACCAUGCGAGAAGCUGAUCCGCAGGGACAUCGCCCGCACCUACCCAGAGCACGAGUUCUUCAAAGGCCAGGACAGCCUGGGCCAGGAAGUCCUCUUCAAUGUCAUGAAGGCGUACUCCCUGGUAGACCGGGAGGUGGGCUACUGCCAGGGCAGCGCCUUCAUUGUGGGCCUGCUCCUCAUGCAGAUGCCCGAGGAAGAGGCCUUCUGCGUGUUCGUGAGGCUGAUGCAGGAGUAUCGGCUGCGGGAGCUCUUCAAGCCCACCAUGGCUGAGCUAGGGCUCUGCAUCUACCAGUUCGAAUACAUGCUGCAGGAGCAGCUCCCAGACCUCAACACCCACUUCCGCUCCCAGAGCUUCCACACGUCCAUGUACGCCUCAUCCUGGUUCCUCACGCUCUUCCUGACCACCUUCCCACUGCCCGUCGCCACCCGCAUCUUCGACAUCUUUAUGUACGAGGGGCUGGAGAUCGUGUUCCGGGUGGGCCUCGCCCUGCUGCAGGUGAACCAGACAGAGCUGAUGCAGCUGGACAUGGAGGGGAUGUCCCAGUACUUCCAGAGAGUGAUCCCCCACCAGUUUGACAGCUGCCCAGACAAGCUGGUCCUCAAAGCCUACCAAGUCAAGUACAACCCCAAGAAGAUGAAGAGGCUGGAGAAGGAGUAUGCAGCCAUGAAGAGCAAGGAGAUGGAGGAGCAGAUAGAGAUCAAAAGGCUUCGGACUGAGAACCGGCUCCUGAAACAACGGAUUGAGACCCUAGAGAAGGAGAGCGCUGCUCUGGCUGAUAGGUUAAUCCAGGGGCAGGUGACACGGGCUCAGGAGGCCGAGGAGAACUACGUCAUCAAGCGGGAGCUGGCAGUGGUGCGGCAGCAGUGCAGCUCGGCGGCCGAGGACCUGCAGAAGGCUCAGAGCACCAUCCGGCAGCUGCAGGAGCAGCAGGAGAACCCACGCCUCACCGAGGACUUUGUGUCCCAUCUGGAGACGGAGCUGGAGCAGUCGCGGCUGCGGGAGACAGAAACCCUGGGUGCCCUUCGGGAAAUGCAGGACAAGGUUCUAGACAUGGAGAAGAGGAACAGCUCGUUGCCCGAUGAAAACAACGUGGCGCGGCUGCAGGAGGAACUGAAGGCGCUCAAGGUGCGGGAAGGCGAGGCCGUGGCCUCAGCGCGGGAGCUAAGACUGCAGCUGCAGGAGCUGUCAGACACCUGGCAGGCCCAUCUGUCCCGCGGCGGCCGCUGGAAGGAGUCCCCGCGGAAGCUGGUCCUGGGCGAGCUGCAGGACGAGCUGAUGAGCGUGCGACUGCGGGAGGCCCAGGCCCUGGCCGAGGGCCGCGAGCUGCGGCAGCGCGUGGUGGAACUCGAGACGCAGGACCACAUCCACCGCAACCUGCUGAACCGCGUGGAGGCGGAGCGCGCGGCGCUGCAGGAGAAGCUACAAUACCUGGCGGCGCAGAACAAGGGGCUGCAGACACAGCUCAGCGAAAGCCGCCGCAAGCAGGCCGAGGCCGAGUGCAAGGUGCGCCCCCCCGCCCCGCCACGCCCCUUGACCCGCCAUGCCCCUUGACCCGCCCUCUCGGAGGAAGGCCGCAUCCAGGGCCAGCUGAACCACUCGGACUCGUCGCAAUACAUCCGCGAGCUCAAGGACCAGAUCGAAGAGUUGAAGGCCGAGGUGCGGCUGCUGAAGGGCCCGCCGCCCUUCGAGGACCCACUGGCUUUCGACGGUCUGGGCCUGGCGCGGCACCUGGAUGAGGACUCGCUGCCGUCAUCGGACGAGGAGCUGCUCGGCGUGGGGGUGGGCGUGGGCGCGGCCUUGCAGGACGCACUCUACCCUCUCUCCCCUCGCGACGCGCGCUUCUUCCGCCGUCUGGAGCGGCCGGCCAAGGACAGCGAGGGGAUGAGCGGCAGCUCAGACAGCGACGCCGACGAGCUGGCCGCGCCCUAUAGCCAGGGUCUGGACAACUGAGAGCGUGCCCCGCGCGCCCAGAGCCGGGAGGCAGCAACCGCCGCCGCCGGCGGGCGCCGGGGCAGUCCGCGGCCAGCUCCUCCACCGGCCGCUCUGAACACACUUCAUGCCAGGCAGCGCACAGAGGGCAGGACCCGGGCCUGAGGCGCCUCAGGACCCCCGGCAGGCUGUCCCUCCCCAGCAGUGUUUACCCAUCUUGGUUGUACCGCUCCGGGCCCUCCUGCGCUCCAGGGUGCUGAGGCCAGUUACCUGCAGGGACUGCCCUCUUAACAGUGAAGGCUGGGGACCGAAGACCCAGGGGCACCAGGACUGAUGAGCAGGAAGCCCCGUCCUCCCAGCAAACUUCCUUCUGGGACAAGGGAGGCCCUGCUGGGAAGGGCCCAGGAGCUGGAGGAGGCCUGAGGAAGGAGGGGCAGCUCUGGGCUGAAUGUUAGCACCCCACGAUGCUCCUCACAACACGGUCAUCCUUGACCAGCCCUUGGCUGCCGGGGACAGAUGGCCAGGCUGGGCUUUCCUGCCUGGUGCAGGCAUAGUGGCCCCUGCAGCAGAAACCAAAGUCCCCCCUACUGUAUGCAGGGCCACCUGGGGUGUGAGUGGCCUGUGGGAACCAGCCCGGGCCUGGGCAGUGUUUUCCCGCUUCUCUGGGGCCACAGCAGCUGCAAGGAAGUAAAGAGACCCCUCUCCCCAGCACCCCACAUCUUCCUGUGGGAGACACAUCACCUCGUCCUGGCCAGUGCUGGAAGGGUACCCUCUCUAUGGGGGUUCUCAGCCUCCAUCCACUUCCCUCCCUUCCUGGGUCCGCAGCCCCACCCUCAGGCCAGGGCCAGGCCCCAGGGAAGCAGCUUCUCAAAGGAGUUGGCUUCCCUUACCUUGUGGUGGUCCCGUGGUCUCUGCUGAAUCAGAGCUGAGAACGGUGCCAAAGUCCAGUGAAGCCCCCCAGACCCCUUCCUCCCCCCAGCCCCUGGGGCCUCAUGACCCUCGGGGCAGACCCUCUCGGUGCUCCUGGAGCCUGGAGUAGGGUGAUGUCACAAGCAAUCUCCCUGGCGCUUCCAGGGGUGGGGACCCCUGUUCAGUGCCCCCUUCCUGGUCACCCACUCUUCAGUGUUACAAAGCCUGGGGACCAGGGCAGACACCGUCAGGGCUCUCCCACGUGCCCCCCACACUGCCCACCACCAUUUUGCACACUGUCUGUUCACACUCCACAUGUCACCCAGGCGGGAAAGACGGAAAAUAAAGUGUAUUUACACAGUCAC